UUUUUUCUCUCAAUCUUGAUUCUUGCAAAACCCUAAUUUUCUUGGAAACCAAACACGGACCCACGAUGACGAGCGCCUCACGGGGCUGCACCGGUUGCCGUAGCAAUUCCUUCGAGCGUGACGACGUGAGGUGUCACCUGAUCUGCUCGGCAUGCGGGCUCAUCCAGGACUACGACGGCUACGACGCGCAGCUCGGCGGCAUCAACGGUCCGGAGGGCACCUUCGUCCGCGUCGGCACCGCAGGUACGGGCACUGUUUACACUUACAAACAGAGGAAAGUCUUCGGGGCCCAAAAACUCAUGGACGAGCUCAUCGGUAGGCUAGGCUUGUCCGAUUCCCCAAAAGCCGACCACGUUAAAACCAUGGUCGCCAAUAUAACCGAGAAGGAAUUCGGAGAGGGCAAUUGGUUCCCAAUCUUAAUCGGCGCUUGCGCCUAUGUAGUUAUGCGAAAAGAUAACAAACCGUUGCCGAUUGCCGAGGUGGCCUCGGUCAUCUGCUCCGAUAUCUACGAGUUAGGUAGAAUGGUGGCGCGUGUAGUCGAUUUCUUGGAUCUGAAAGGGCCGGAGAAGUUUCCUGAGUUCGAUAUUGUAUGGUCGUUCAAACGGGCGGUGAGGAAUAGCUCGACCCUUUCGAGCGUAGAGUCUGAUACGUUGGAGAUAAUGAGAAAACAGGGGAUUUUUUUGAUACAGUGUGCUGUAAAGUGGUUCUUGACGACAGGGCGGAGGCCAAUGCCGGUGGUGGCAGCAGUGCUGGCUCUGGUGGCGGAGUUGAAUGGGGUGAAUAUGGGGAUUGAGGACGCGGCGAAGGAGGUUCACGCCAAUGUUUCGACGAGUAGGUUGAGGUAUAGGGAGUUUUUGGAGAAGCUGGUGAAGGUGGCUGGGGUUUUGCCUUGGGGUGAAGAUGUCACAGUCAAGAAUGUGGUCAAGAGUGCGCCAUUUGUGAUUGAGUAUAUGGAGAGGAAGUCAAUGGAGAUGCCCGAUAGCAAGAAGAGGAAGAAAGUAGAUGGUGUUAUUGGGGUUGAUUUGGGAGAUGUGGUUAGCGAGUGUUUGAGGAAAGAUGUUGAGUACGGGACUGAUGGGUAUGGUGUGGAGGGUGAUUCUAAAUGUUUUGAGGUUGAACAAAAUGGUGGGAUUGUGAGAGCAGGGGAUGAUGAUGAUGAUUCGGAUAGGAUGAAGCUCUCACAUGAAUCCUUAUCCUUGAUGUACGAAGAAUUUUUGGAUAAGAUGCGUCACAAAAAAUCCACAGAAGGGAGUGCUGAGAUUCGUGGAAAGAAGAGGAUAGGAUUUAAGCAUCAUGCAUGUAUGGAUUGGUGGAAUGGGAAAUCAGACCUGAGCAAAAAGCUUUUACUGAAGCAAAUAUUGGAGAAAGAUGUAGGAUUGGAUCCUCUGCCCCCAUCUUUUGUUACUGGUUGUAGGGUUUAUACGAGGAGGAGAGAAAAGAUAAAUGCUGCUAAAGCACGGAUUAAUAGAGUUAUGCAUCCAUCAAGAACCGAUUUGGGUGAGAGCGGUGAUAGUUGCUCUUUUGAUUCUGUACAUGCCAAGAAGAAGAGAAAUCGAAGACAAGCUAAUGAUAUUGAUUGGGAAGAUUUUAUUAUUGAAACUCUCCUCCUCCAUGAAGUGAAAGAGGAGGAAAUUGAGAAGGGGCAUUACAAUACCUUGCUCGACUUGCAUGUGUUUAACAGUGGAGUUUUGCCAGAGGUUCUGCCAUGGAAGGCAAAAUAGUUGGAAUGUACUUGCUUGCCUGUGUGACUGCAUGAUCAAAUACAUUUUUUCGGCAGCUCUUUUGUUCAAGCAUCUACUGCAAGAAGAAAUUCCGAAUUUUUUUUAUUUUAUGUUAUGUAAAUUCUUGUACAUUCUGCAAUCAUUUUUGUUAGGAGUUUGCCAUAUAAAUGGUGAUAUACACUUGUUCUUCCUAUAUAUAUAUAUCCCAAUCUGUUC